AUGGAUCUUCUGUGGAACGCUUAUUCGAAUGCCUCAGACGACGAAGAAGAACAACCCAAACGACAGAGACUAUCACUCUCUUCCACUGAUCCACCAAAACGACACCUUCCUUCGCCUUCUCCUUCUUUAUUCGACCUCCAAUCGCAACCUCCCAUUCCAGGAAGUUACAUUUCAAAACGACAACGCGCUUUGAUGGGUUCCACCCCUGCCCCUCUUCCUGACCCCGUUCCUGUUCCGUCUCCGUUCACGCUAUCUGUGAUUGGUGCUAGAUUUUGGUGGAGUUUGGAAGAAAGCUCUGCAGAGCAGCGGCAAGGGCUUGCAUUUGCAGGGCGCAUGAACGAACAGCCUACGGAUAACACGGUCUUCUGCCCCAUAAUUGAAAUAGCAGCAGCAAAGAUUAUGAAUGGCCUGAAGCGUGAUGCAACUCCUGUUCCAGGAAGCAAGACCAUCCUGCCAUACGCUGUGGAGGCGUGGCAGUGGUGCUAUUAA